CUUACGAAGCCACCCUCAGCACGUGGCCCGUAUGCAGCACUUGCACAGUGUUCUUUUGGCAUUGGUAAUGACGUUCCCCGAGGGCUUCGCGGCCCUCCUCAGCUUGGCGUUGGACCUUGGCAGCCUUCUUGCGUCUGCCAAAUUGCUACGAAUCCGGAGACUGAUUGAUCCUUGGACGAAGCGACACGAGGAAGUGAGCGCAAUCAAAUACCAAAGACCUGCUGCAGCUCUAUACAGCUGGGAAUACUGCAAGUUCUGAGCAGUUCAGAUGCCUCCCAGAUGCCCCCAGAUUUGGAUGUUUCAGUGAUGUGAUGCAAAUGUCAUAUGGCAGACCUUCGUUUCUCAUUGUUCUCAACAAUGCACCCUCAAGGCAGCCAACAGCUUGUCAUCCACCAGGCUGCAGCCUAGGGGUUGCCAUUGAGUAGGAAGGGCUCACCCAAUACUCUCAACCAGUGUGCACGAGCUGGCUUUCGAUGAAGAGUAACCAUCUGCCAGUGGCAUUUUGGAAAUGGAGUCGAUUCUCACACGACCACGGCCCAGCGCCUGGGAGUCCUUCCGCCACUCUCCGCUGCUGUACCUCGCCCGAAAGCUCUAUGACACUCGUGAAAUAGCGCCCCGUCGCCCCAUAUCGGACCCAGUCACCGUCAUCUGCAUCUCGGACACCCAUAACACCCAGCCCGCUCUUCCCGACGGCGACGUCCUCAUCCACGCCGGCGACCUGACGCAGAGCGGGACCUUGUCCGAGCUCCAGGACGCGCUGGACUGGCUCAAGGCGCAGCCACAUGCGCACAAGAUCGUCAUCGCCGGCAACCACGACAUUAUCCUCGACCCGUCCCGGGACCCGGCGCACGAGAGGGCUCGGCUCGACUGGGGGGACAUCACCUACUUGUGCCACCAGUCCGUGACGGUCUGCUGCUCAAACGGGCGCAGGCUGCACGUAUAUGGCAGCCCAUUCUCGCCGCGUCACGGAAACUGGGCGUUCCAGUACCCCAGGUCGGAGGAUGUGUGGGCGGGUAAGGUGCCGGACCGCGUGGACAUUCUCAUCACCCACGGCCCACCGUUCGGGCACCUUGACCUCAUGAGACUGGGGUGUCGGCACCUGCUCCGGGAGCUUUGGCGGGCGCGGCCGCUGUUGCAUGUCUUCGGACAUGUGCACGAGGGCCAUGGGCAGGAGUGGCUUGGGUUUGACAGUUUGCAGGAAGCCUUUGAGCAAGUGGUCGUGAGCACGGGUUUGAGGAGGAUCCUGAGUCUAGGAAGGCUGGUUUUUGACGUCCUCUGGACCAGUUUCCGUCAGGUAAAGGAGGCACCAUGCCUGCUGGUCAACGCUGCCAUGGUAGGUGGGCUUUGGGAUAAGGAAAGGAGGGAGCCAGUCAUGGUUGUGAUAUGAUGGGAUAGCCGCACUGAGUGGUACUCCGGACAAGAUGUUACCUUGACUGUGGGUGGAUAUCCAGCGGAGUCUGGUGGGACAAAAGUCCAGAAUUGGACUGUUUACUUGAGACUGAGCUCCAUGUGUGAUGAGAUAAUGAGCCUCUGCAAUACAUUUGCCUCUUUCCAAGCUUGGUCUGAGCUGGAGGAGUCACAUCCUUUGAUAGCAGUAAAAUCAGAGCAUCAAGUAAGACUUCUUUCUGUACUGGGAGA